GGCGCUACAGUAAUGGCCGCUCUCGGAAUUGCGAUGGGUGGUGGCAAUUGGUUUUCGGCUUUGGCGCUCGGGGUGACUCUCCUCAAAUGCCUUCUCAUCCCCACAUACCAUUCCACAGAUUUUGAAGUCCACCGAAACUGGCUUGCUAUCACUCACAGUUUGCCAGUAUCACAGUGGUAUUAUGAGGCAACUUCAGAAUGGACCUUGGAUUAUCCGCCUUUUUUUGCGUGGUUUGAGUAUGCCCUGUCACAUGUUGCCAAAUAUUUUGAUCAAGAGAUGCUGAAUGUCCGUAAUCUGAACUAUUCCAGCUCGAGAACCUUACUUUUCCAGAGAUUUUCUGUUAUCUUUACAGAUGCACUCUUUGUGUAUGCUGUCCACGAGUGCUGUAAAUGCAUUGAUGGGAAAAAAGCAGGUAAAGAACUUACAGAGAAGCCAAAGUUUAUUCUAUCAGUGUUACUGCUGUGGAACUUCGGGUUGUUAAUCGUGGACCAUAUUCAUUUCCAGUACAAUGGUUUUUUAUUUGGAUUAAUGCUACUCUCCAUUGCACGAUUAUUUCAGAAAAGGCAUAUGGAAGGAGCAUUUCUCUUUGCUGUUCUUCUACACUUCAAGCACAUCUACCUCUAUGUAGCCCCGGCUUAUGGUGUAUACCUGCUACGGUCUUACUGUUUCACUGCAAAUAAACCAGAUGGAUCCAUCCGAUGGAACAGUUUCAGCUUUGUCCGUGUUAUUUCUCUAGGACUGAUUGUUUUUUUAGUUUCUGCUCUUUCACUGGGUCCCUUCCUAGCCUUGAACCAACUGCCUCAAGUCUUGUCCCGACUCUUCCCUUUCAAGAGGGGCCUCUGCCAUGCAUAUUGGGCUCCAAACUUCUGGGCUUUGUACAAUGCUUUGGACAAAGUGCUCUCCAUCAUCGGUUUGGAAUUGAAACUUCUUGAUCCCAACAAAAUUCCCAAGGCCUCAAUGACAAGUGGUUUGGUUCAACAGUUCCAACACAUAGUCCUUCCCUCAGUGACUCCCUUGGCCACCCUCAUCUGCACUCUGAUUGCCAUAUUGCCCUCUGUUUUCUGUCUUUGGUUUAAACCCCAAGGGCCCAGAGGCUUUCUGCGAUGUCUAAUUCUUUGUGCCUUGAGCUCCUUCCUAUUUGGGUGGCACGUCCAUGAAAAAGCCAUACUCCUUGCAGUUCUCCCGAUGAGCCUUCUUUCUGUGGGAAAAGCAGGAGAUGCUUCAAUUUUUCUGAUUCUGACCACAACGGGACAUUAUUCCCUCUUCCCUCUGCUCUUCACUGCACCAGAACUUCCCACUAAAAUCUUACUCAUGUUACUAUUUACCACCUAUAGUAUUUCCUCACUGAAGACUCUAUUCAGAAAAGAAAAACCUCUUUUUAAUUGGUUGGAAACUUUCUACCUCCUUGGCUUGGGGCCUCUGGAAGUCUUCUGUGAAUUUGUAUUCCCUUUCACCUCCUGGAAGCUGAAGUACCCCUUUAUCCCUUUGUUACUGACCUCAGUGUAUUGUGCAGCCGGCAUCACAUAUGCUUGGUUCAAACUGUAUGUUUCAGUGUUGUCUGACCCUCCUUCCAGCAAGACAAAGAAACAAUGA